CGCUCUGCUUUCCUGCCACCGGAGUUGCUGCAGAGACGGGCGGCGCGAGACGCUCCCUCGAGACGAGACCACCGCGUGAAGGCUGGAGGAUCACAUGACCGGGGCCCGAAGGCGCCAAAGUCGGUCGAUCACGUGGCGAGAAGGAGGCGGAAGCCAUUUUGCGACCCCCCCCCCCAAGAAAGGCCAAGUACCCCGUAAAGAACCCCCUGCCCCGAAAGGAAAAUGCCCCGAAUAGACAACGACAUUAAGCUGGACUUCAAGGACGUCCUGCUCCGGCCCAAGCGGAGCACGCUGAAAAGCCGGAGCGAGGUGGACCUGAAGAGGAGCUUCGUGUUCCGUAACUCCAAGCAGUCGUACAGCGGCAUCCCCAUCAUAGCGGCCAACAUGGACACGGUGGGAACAUUCGAGAUGGCGAAAGCCCUGGCCAAGUUCUCGCUGUUCACUACCAUCCACAAGCAUUACACCCUGGAGGAGUGGAAGGAGUUUGCAGUCAGUAACCCUGACUGUCUGCAGAAUGUGGCGGCCAGUUCCGGCACUGGGCCCAACGAUUUUGAGAGGCUGACGUCAGUGCUGGAGUUGCUGCCCGGGGUCCACUAUAUCUGCCUGGACGUGGCCAAUGGAUACUCAGAGCACUUUGUGGAGUUUGUGAAGGAUGUGAGGAAGAAGUUCCCGAAUCACACCAUCAUGGCAGGAAAUGUAGUGACUGGUGAGAUGGUGGAGGAACUCAUCUUGGCUGGAGCUGACAUCAUCAAAGUUGGCAUUGGACCAGGCUCGGUGUGUACCACCAGGAAGAAGACGGGCGUGGGCUACCCGCAGCUCAGCGCGGUGAUCGAGUGUGCUGAUGCUGCCCAUGGACUCAAUGGUCACAUCAUCUCGGACGGAGGCUGCACCUGUCCAGGAGACGUGGCCAAAGCCUUCGGGGCCGGAGCCGACUUUGUGAUGUUGGGCGGCAUGCUUGCGGGUCACACCCAGUGCGGAGGGGACACCAUCGAGAAGAACGGCAAGAAGUACAAGCUGUUCUACGGCAUGAGCUCAGAGACGGCCAUGAAGAAACACAGCGGCGGUGUGGCUGAUUACAGGGCGUCAGAGGGGAAGACGGUGGAGGUGGAGUACAAAGGUGACGUGGAACACACAGUCCGGGACAUCCUGGGUGGGGUGCGCUCCACCUGCACCUACGUGGGAGCUGCCAAACUGAAGGAACUCAGCCGCAGGACCACCUUCAUCCGUGUCACUCAGCAGCUCAACGCCAUCUUCAGCUAGUCCGCAGGCUGGCCUCAGGCAGCCGCUGCUUCACUGUACAUUCCCACAAUGCCCCCCCCGCCACACUCUCCCACACAGACAAUCCCGUCACUCACUGAGAAACAGUGGACAGGACUGUGUGGAGAGAGCCUCACCUUGUCCUUAGGAGGUAACGUGCAAUGGGACAGUGUUAGAGGGAGUUUCACCUUGUGUCUGACCCUGCCCUGUGAGUAUAUCAGGACAGUGUGGAAGGAGCCUCACCUCUGGCUUUUUAGUCAAGUCUCCCCUUUUAGUGCAAUAUAUUCUGUCUGGGACCACUUGCUUGCUUGCAAUUGGGACCAUCUGCUUCUCGUGCCUGACCAGGUCAUCACUUCGACCACCAUGGUUCAAUUACUCUGUGUAAUUGGAGGAAGUCAUGGGGUGAGACCCUGGCAUUGCAUCUGCAGAAACUGAGUGGCUGUGACCUCUUCACUCCCACUCUAAUUUGGCUGCUGCAUUCUGUAAAACCACGUUCAGUUCAGACAAUAAAAUGGCAUGGUGCUUUACAGAAAACCGGAUUUC